GCUGCUCCGCGCGCAGCGCGUCCUGCGCGCCCUACCUGGCAGGAAGUCCUCUUCGCCCGAUUCUGCGCGGAGAACACAAGGAAAUGAAACUAAGACCAAUGGGUGGGGAAAGGAAACUGCCAAUCAAGUUCCAUUUCUGGGUCCUGGCCCCACCCAAGGAAGAAAACCCCGGGUCGUGGAAGCAGCGGUCGCCAUCUUCCUGAGCCCUGCGAAGCUUGAGCAAGAUGGUUGUGGAAGCGGUCUCCACAGUCAUGAUCUCCGUGGAAUGUGGGAGCGUCACCGGGAGCAUCCUCUUUUCUGGCCCAGUGGCCUGGCUCAUAGGGAGUGCGAUCGCUGUCGUCUUUCUCGGCGGGGCCAUCUACCUCCUGUGUAAAAAACUCCACCACAAAAUGGAGUGACGGCCCCCGCCCACCCUGCAGGAGGGCAGCUCCUGGCAAACAAGCCAGACUUUCGACCAACAGGCAUUAAAAGCAGAAUGACUGAGUACCUCUUGUGGCGUGAUUCUGGAAUUGGAGGCCCGGCUCCAGCUGCACCCUCCUGGUGCCCUCCCCAACCCCCACCCACAACACUAAGGUGGGAGCCUUGAGGUCUCCUCUCCUGCUGCCCCGGACCUGCCCGGAGCCCCUCGUGCCAGCGGCCAGCCUCACACACACAGGUUCUCGAGGGACGGCGCCCGUGGCCAGGGAAGAGGAGCUCACAGAGAAGACGCCUGCUGGGGCUGAGCGUGGCCUGAGGCCGGGCGCUGGGUGGCGCCAUGCCCCUGCCCGAGCCUGGCGAACAGGAGGGCGAGAGCGUGUCGGCUGGCCAGGAGCCGGCCCCCGGGCCAGGCACACACGCCAUCUCAGCGGCCCCCAGAAAGCCCAGGAAGUUCUCCAAGCUGGUCCUGCUGACGGCCUCCAAGGACAGCGCCAAGGCGGCCGGGGCCAAGCGCAAAGGCGUGCACUGCAUCGUGUCCCUGGGGCCGCCUGGCCCCGCCACCCUGGCCAAGGCCCUCCUCAAGACCCACCCUGAGGCCCAGCGGGCCAUCGAGGCGGCCCCCCAGGAGCCCGAGCAGAAACGCCACAAGCUGGCUCCGGGUAGCUGGGCGGUGCCGGGGAUCUCACCUCAUGGAUGGAAAUUUGGGGACACAGACACAAAAGAAGCCGACAGAUUAGCAGGGGGCCCUCCUGCAGGGGGUGGGGAGGAGGCCCCCACGGCCCCCAGCGCGUCCCCAGGACCCUGACCGAGACCUUGACCUGGGAGCAGCGGCCUCUCCUCCACAGGGCCGGGGUCCGGCUGUCGACAGUCUUACUUUCAACAUCAUGAAUUUUUUUCUUUCUUUUUUUUAUAUUAAGCAUAAGAUACUUUUGUAAGCAGAAAAAAAAAAUUCUGAAAGAGAAUAAAGCAGCUGUGUGCUAGCUGUGGUCCUGGCGAGGUUGCACAUUCCAAAUUCGGGGUCUCAGCAGCCCUCGUCCAGCCCCCCCAGGCCUUGCCAUCCUGGACCCUCGGCCUGAAGAGCAGCCCCCGGGGUUUCCUGCCCUGGCCCGUGGGAAGCUGGACCCCUGCUGCCUGAUACUUCCUCCAGGGGCCUCACCACCCUCUGGCCUGGUCUAAUGCCUCUUCCAGGAAGCCCCCAGGACUGAUGGCUUCCAGGCCCCAGUCUUGAGGAGCGGAGGGCUUGCAGCGUGUGGUGGAUCAGGUGCUGCCAGCAGCAGGUUCCUGGUGGCCUGAGGGCCAAGGGGGGCACAGAGGGACCUUCCUCAGACCACCCCACCGGGAGAAGCAGGCAGGGAACAAGGUGCGGCCUCUCAGGGCCUCCUUAGGAAGGUGCGGGUCAGAGGGUGGCUGGCCAGCCCGCUGUCAGGCCCCUGACCCUGAGGCCUGGGAGGCGGCAGGGUUCAGAGCUGCGGGAUGCGAUGUGUGUGGCCCCGUGGUCCCGCUGGGGCGCUCACACUGGCGGUCUGGUAAAAUCACGUUCUGUUUACUUUGGCUUUUACCGAAGUGCAAGUCCAGGAGAGAGGUGGAGAGCAGCGAAGGACUCUGAUGAGGGGCGCAGUGCAGAGCAAGCAGGGAGCCCAGGCUGCGGCUCCUCCCCAGCGCUGUCUUGAGACUGAAGU